AAAAAAUGAAAUUGCUUUUAUUGAAUUAUCCAUGAAUGAAAUGAAAUAAUACUUUUAUGUGCUAUACAAAAAACUAAGAUUGAAUACGAUCCACAAAAAAGCCAUGAAUACCGCCGCGCCAACAUCAGCUGAUGCUUGCUUGAGCAUCGUGCAUUCGCUGAUGUGUCAUCGCCAGGGUGGAGAAAGCGAAGGUUUCUCCAAACGUGCCAUAGAGUCACUUGUAAAGAAAUUGAAAGAGAAAAGGGAUGAGUUGGAUUCUUUGAUUACUGCAAUCACAACAAAUGGUGCUCACCCAAGCAAAUGUGUUACUAUACAGAGAACAUUGGAUGGGAGGUUACAGGUAGCCGGUCGCAAGGGGUUCCCACAUGUAAUCUAUGCACGUAUAUGGCGUUGGCCUGACCUUCACAAAAAUGAAUUGAAACAUGUCAAGUUUUGUCAAUUUGCAUUUGACCUCAAAUGUGAUUCUGUAUGUGUGAAUCCAUAUCAUUACGAGAGGGUUGUGUCCCCUGGCAUAGAUCUUUCAGGACUGACACUACAGUCCGGACCGAGCAGACUCGUAAAAGAUGAGUACACCGCUGGCAUUAGUGGAAACGGUAUGGACAUGGACACAGGUGAAUUGGUGACCAUCCAACACCAUGCUACCAGUCCACGACAUCACCAUUCCACUAUCCCUCAUCAUCACCAACAGUUCCAGACAACAAAUAUCAUUAUCAAUCAAGGACAAACGCCAGAGGGCGUUCCGAAUAUGUUCUCGCCGACGCACGGGCCUCGGCCGCAAAUAAGACCUGGGGCCCAACAGCUUCCACAACAAAUGGGUCAUUCUCCGGGGCCCCAACAAAUGAUCUCACAUCCCAGCAACCAAAUGCCUACACCGCAGAUGGUGCAAGGAAACAUGCCUGGCACACCUCAAAUGGGACCGGGGACGCCUCAAAUGGGGCCGAAUCAACCCCAAUUGAGGCCGCCCACGCCUCAAAUGGGGACGAAUGUGCCACAAAUGGCGUCGCCUAGAAUGGCAUCGGCACCUACUCAGAUGUCGCCUGGGACCCCACAGUUGCCUAAUAUAAACCAGACUAUGGCGAUGCCGAGCCCCCCACAGAUGGCUAUGGUGCAACAACGUACCAUAGCUCCAAAAUUGGAGCCUCCUGAUACAAUGGAUGCGAGAGCGAUAUGGCUGCCAAAAAGAAUGAAUCAUCCUGCUUUACCUGUCACUAUGUCACCUGGUGGUACCACUCCACUCAUAGAUGGCACCACAACCGCCUUCUUUACCACAGAACAGACCACAACUGAUACUCAACUGACGCAGACAUUACCUGCGGGUACUGUAGCCGUAUCGCCGGUGGUAGUAGAAACUUCUCAGCAGAAUGGUUUCGCGGCGGCAAGUAGUCCCGCGCCUCAACCAAGCCCAUUGCCGCAUCGUACGCCGCAACAACAAAAUCAACAGCAACAACAGCAACAGCAGCAACAACAACAAGGCACGUGGACUGGUAACAACACGUUGACGUAUACGCAGAGUUUGGCCCCGCCCCCCGCCGCGCCCGUCCCGAUAGAUGCGCCUGCGCAUCACCAUCAUUACUAUAACGGCAAUCCUGGUGGUUUACUGUCCAAUCAACCGGCGCCUGAAUACUGGUGUUCAGUCGCGUACUUCGAGUUGGACACGCAAGUUGGCGAGACAUUCAAAGUGCCAUCAAGUAGACCCAAUGUUACGGUUGACGGCUACGUCGAUCCAUCGGGCGGUAACAGAUUUUGUUUAGGUGCUCUUAGCAAUGUGCACAGAACAGAACAGAGUGAAAGAGCGAGAUUGCACAUCGGUAAAGGCGUUCAACUGGACUUACGCGGUGAAGGCGACGUAUGGCUCCGGUGUUUAUCAGAUCAUAGCGUGUUCGUGCAGUCUUACUAUCUAGACAGGGAGGCUGGACGGGCACCAGGAGAUGCCGUCCACAAGAUAUACCCCUCCGCUUGUAUCAAGGUAUUCGAUCUGCGGCAGUGCCACAGACAGAUGCAAACGCAAGCGGCGACGGCACAAGCGGCGGCCGCGGCACAAGCAGCCGCUGUCGCCGGUCAUAUACAGCCGCAGCAUCCGAGCAUGAACAAAUGUUUGACCGCAGCGGCGGGUAUAGGAGUCGACGAUCUCCGACGAUUGUGUAUAGUACGACUGUCGUUCGUGAAGGGAUGGGGGCCAGAUUACCCUCGCACUUCUAUCAAGGAGACGCCUUGCUGGGUAGAAGUACAUUUACACAGGGCAUUGCAAUUACUGGAUGAAGUUCUGCACACAAUGCCCAUCGACGGUCCUCGGAAUAACAUCGAGUAGGAGUUGAUCGGCUUCUUUUGAGGCCUUGAGCGAGUACACACGCAUGUGCGCUUUUGUUUCGUAACACUGACCGCCGGGAUAGAAACCUUUGUGGGUCGAUUAUCACCCGGAUUGAAAUUGUGGAUUGAGUGAAGUGAAGUGAUGGAAAGUGAUUAUGUUGUUGGUUGUUUAUAUAUAUAAAUUCAAAAUUUUAAAUUAAUUAUAUAUACAUUUUUUUAAUUUUAAACGGAAUAAACUGUGUUAUGAUGGUGGCCAUAAUAGCAUUUAUAAAUUAUACUUUAAUAUUAUAUUUUUAUUUCUCGAAUUGAUAUUGGUU